AUGUCCGCCUCAGGACGAGCGGGUAGUACUACUACUUCUUCUAACCUAAGCUCCGCCCUGACCGUUUACCUCACCCGGCUCUUCAUCCUUACCUCCUACGCUCUUCUCGGCCUGGUUUUUGGUGCGCAUUGGGCGCUGCUGGCUUACCUGGUCUCCGCCGGGGAGCAGCGCGGAGCCGAGCAACAAUUCGAGACCCAACGGAAUGCGGGUUUGCGGCAAAGCCGUUGGUGGCGGUGUGUCCUCUACUGUCUGAGUACCGCCGUCGUCGCCCUCGGCGGAAGCUACUCGCGUGCGAAUUCUGUCCCCUGCGGCGACGAAGCCGACCCGGAGAUGGCAGCGCUGACGAUGGGCCGAGACUGCCUGCACGAGAAGCAGAGCGUUUCCUGGCGGUUCUUCUACAUUGUGCAUUUUCUGGCCUUGUCUUUCAACUAUCAUAGAUGGGUGCUGGAUUUUCCGGUCGUUUUCUCUCAUUUCCUUUAUUGGGACGACAGAAAGAAAGACUCCGGUAUUGCCGCUGACCUGGAAAACAACGCGGACGUCGAGGUGGAUGGUAGUGGUCCUAGUCCGGGCCGCGGGGACCACAACGGCAAUAAAGUUAGCAAGCGGCGUGACAUCGCACCGCAAAGAUUUGUCCAGCAGUACCAGCAACCACAAGUGAUUUUCGCUAAUUCGACCACGAGUAGUGCCGAUCAUUCGGGCUAUAACAUCCAAAACGACACAACUUCUCCGUCGAUGUAUGGGGCUGGAGGAGGACAUGAUCAACAGCAAGCUUAUCUUGCGCAGCAGUACCAGCACCAGCAGUACCCUGGAUCUACUACUAUAACCCCCGCCUCUCAACACCACAAUUUUAACGCAGGAGAUCAUCUUCACAACAGUAAUUCAGUAAACAACCACCAGCACGUCGACCCACCUGUUGUCUCCAACACAGCCACGCUGCUUCUCUCGGCCGCCUUCAGCGGGAUCCGGAGUAAAUUUGCGCGCCUCAUCCUUAUCGUUUGGUUCAUCAUCCAUUCGCUGAUUUGGAUUUCGUGGUGGGAAUGGAGAACCUAUGACACUGAGAAGUUUGAUGAAGAAACGUUGAAGAUAAACAAUGUGAACGAAGUGGAGGGCCUCCCGUUCAACCCCUUCUCUGCGGAGAGAAAACGAAUCGACGACUACAACAAGGACUACAAAGAAUUUACGAGUACGCUUCUGCUCACUCCGUUGCCUGUGUUAGGAGUGGCUUGGUUUUAUAACAGGUACGGCUAUCAACUGCGGCGGGUUAUCAGGUGUGGUGUGUUUUGA